AACUUGGUAUACUGUGAAAUCAAUAGAAAGCCCCAUGGCUAGGAAUGGUGCGACACAUGUACCAACAAUGUUGAUAAUUAUUGUUUGUUUUGCUAUUAUUGUUGAAUUUCACGGCACUGUUUUUAAACAAUUUUGGACUCUGCCUUAUUAUGUAGCAGCUGAAAAUCUAAAAGAAUGUUAUAAAAAGUGUACGAUACUUUAUCAGAACAACUCAAAAGAAAAAGAGCAAUGCAAAGAAAGAUGUCGUGCUAAGUACCUGCAAAUUUCUGAUAAUCCUCUAAAGUUAUGUAUACUUGAGUGCAAGAAACGCCAUCCAAGCCCAAUGCCGUUUCAGAAAUGCAGAAAGAAAUGUUAUGAGACAUUCCGGCAAAAUCCUGAUGAUGCUCGGAGGGAUUGUGUCUAUAGAUGCAUGGUAAUAUUUGGGAAUGAUAAGAUAAUGUUCGAAGAAUGCAAAAAGGGAUGCUAUGAUACAUUUCCGCCAACACUGAAAUAAGUAAAUAUGUUAUACUGUAUUUUUUUUUUUUUAAAUUUGUGACGAGUCUUUCUCGGUUUAUAUUUUCUUUUGCGAAUAUUUGAUGAGUAAGAGAUUAAUGAAUUAUUAAGAAAGUAUGGACGGUGAACUAAUAACCAUCACAUAAGAGUCAAUAUUUUUCAAUAGUUGAUUUCAUUAAAAGAUUUGUUUGAUAUGAGCUUAGUCGAAAAAAGUAAAAAAAACAUUAAACACUUGAAAGUUGAAACAGAUUAUGAAUUGAAAUUGAUUUGCAAUGUUGAUUAUGUGGGCAUUUAAUGCUUUGAUUAUGAUAUUUUGUGGUCAUCAUAUGCGUCAA